CCCCACUGCGCUCUCUGGCCAAGGGCGCAACCAUGAAGAAGCAAUUCAACCGCAUGCGGCAGCUCGCCAACCAGACCGUGGGCAGAGCUGAGAAAACAGAAGUUCUGAGUGAAGAUCUGUUGCAGGUGGAGAAGCGUCUGGAGCUGGUGAAGCAAGUCUCCCACAGUACACACAAGAAGCUGACAGCGUGUCUUCAGGGUCAGCAGGGAUCCGAUUCUGAUAAGCGCUCGAAGAAAUUGCCUUUGACGUCACUUGCCCAGUGCUUGAUGGAGGGUUCUGCCAUUCUAGGGGAUGACUCCCUGCUUGGGAAGAUGCUGAAGCUCUGUGGGGAAGCCGAGGACAAGCUAGCUCAGGAGCUCAUCCACUUUGAGCUGCAAGUUGAAAGGGAUGUGAUUGAGCCUCUCUUCGUAUUGGCUGAGGUAGAAAUCCCAAAUAUCCAAAAACAGAGGAAGCACUUAGCAAAAUUAGUUCUGGACAUGGAUUCAUCAAGGACAAGAUGGCAGCAGUCAGCCAAGUCUUCAGGUUUAUCAAGCAACUUGCAGCCCUCGGGUGCCAAAGCGGAUGCUCUCAGGGAAGAGAUGGAGGAGGCAGCAAACAAAGUGGAGAUUUGCAGGGAUCAGCUCUCAGCUGACAUGUACAAUUUUGUGGCCAAAGAGAUAGACUAUGCAAACUAUUUCCAGACCUUAAUAGAAGUGCAAGCAGAGUACCACAAGAAGUCGUUGGCACUUUUGCAGAAUGUAUUGCCUCAGAUCAAAGCACAGCAGGAAGCUUGGAUUGAAAAGCCCUCCUUUGGGAAACCUCUGGAGGAACACCUAGCUGUCAGUGGCCGGGAGAUUGCCUUCCCCAUUGAAGCGUGUGUCACCAUGCUCCUGGAGUGUGGCAUGCAAGAGGAGGGUCUUUUCCGAGUGGCUCCCUCAGCCUCCAAGCUAAAGAAGCUGAAGGCAGCCCUUGAUUGCUGUGUUGUGGAUGUUCAGGAGUACUCAGCAGACCCCCAUGCGAUUGCAGGAGCACUGAAGUCCUAUCUCCGAGAACUGCCAGAGCCACUUAUGACAUUUGAACUCUAUGAAGAAUGGAUUCAAGCCUCCAAUAUCCAAGACCAAGACAAGAGGCUGCAAGCCCUGUGGAAUGCCCUGGAGAAAUUGCCCAAGGCCAGCUACAGCAAUCUAAGGUACUUGAUCAAAUUCCUGGCAAACUUAACGGAAUACCAGGAUGCAAACAAAAUGACUCCGAGCAACAUAGCGAUUGUGCUGGGGCCGAACCUUCUCUGGCCUCAGGCAGAAGGAAACAUCACCGAGAUGAUGGCAACCGUUUCCUUGCAGAUAGUUGCAAUUAUUGAGCCCAUUAUCCAGCAUGCAGAUUGGUUCUUUCCUGGAGACAUUGAAUUCAACUUGACUGGCAAUUAUGGCAGCCCUGUGCAUGUGAACCACAAUGCAAAUUACAAUUCCAUGCCAUCGCCAGAGAUGGACCACGCUGACCGCAAGCAUCCGGAUCAGACCCGGCGACCGCUCAGUGUUGCCACUGACAACAUGAUGCUGGAGUUCUACAAGAAGGAUGGCAUGGGCGUCCGGGUGAUGGACACCUCUUGGGUGGCUCGCAGAGGCACCUCCGUAGUUCGUAAGGCCUCCUCCACCCCUCCUGCCAUGCAGCCCCCUGCUCCGCCUUCUGACCUUGCUGCUACUCCUCAGUCACCAAUUCCUGAGCAAUCUCUUGACAUUUCAGCUACUCCCUCCCCUACUCCAACUAGCUUCGGCUUCCCACCAGGGGCUGAGCAAGCAAGCACGGAUGGUGUGUCGUCUAGUUGGUCGGAUUCCUGUUACAUCUACCCAUCCCCCGAGGACGACAAGCCCUCCCCUUCGCCCUGCUACUCCUCCUUCCACCCCUUCCUCCCCAAGCCUGGCCCUUGCACUAGGCCCGAGCCUCCCAUGCCCCUGUCCCGGUGGUCAGGGUUCAGCCAAACUCUGCCUCCCCCUUCGUCCUCCUCCUCCUCCUCCUCUUCCUCCUCCCUCUCCCCUCAGCAGCUUGACAUUAACUCCAACCCCAAGCCGUACUUCCUGCACCUUCCUAAGCAAAGCUCCCUCACAGAGUCGCAUGGUCCUGAAACUAACCUCUCCCCCAUCUACUUGAAAAGCCCCCUCCCCUUCUCCAAACCCGAUCCUCCUGGCACUCCUCACAGCCCCUAUGUGUCAGUCUCUCCCCCCUGGGUCAGCUGCACCUGUGCCAGAGACAGAGGAGCCGGGCUCGCUAGCGCACUAAAAACCAAGGAGCUCUCUCCAGUGUCUGGGCAGAAAGGCAGCCCGGCAUGUGGCCACAUGGUGCCAUGUGGUGCAACGGCACAGCAGCCGCCUGGUCCCACACCGCAGCUGUCCACAGAGCAGAGUCCCCACACUCUACGGAAAGUUUCGAAGAAGCUGGCCCCAAUCCCUGCCAAGGUUCCUUAUGGCCAGUCCAGCGGUAUGUCCGAUCAGUCCACGGGGCAGCCAUCCCCAGCCAGCCUUUCUCCUACCCCACCGAGCACCCCGUCGCCCUAUGGACUGAGUUACCCACAAGGUUAUUCCCUGGGCUCAGGCCCACUGUCCCCAGCCGCUGCUCCUUCCCUGUCUUCUCCUCCUUCCCUGACAAGCACUUUAACCAAAUCUCGGCCCACCCCCAAGCCACGACAGAGGCCCACGCUGCCGCCUCCACAGCCGCCCACAUCAAACACAUCUGGCUCUAGUCCACAGUCCACGGAGCACACCAUACUAGACGGCAUGUCCCCCGGGGAGAGCAUGUCCACAGAUCUAGCCCACCUUGAUAUACCUUCCAUCCAUGUAGAGGCCGAUGCCACGCUUCACCUGGACCCGCUGGGACAAGUCCAGAGACAUCCAGUACAAGGAAAAAUCAAUUCAGAGGAGGAUUCAGAAAGCACCGCCCUAUGACACGAAGUCCCUUCUUCCUCUUGUAUGCUCUUGUACAUAUCAAUGCCCCACGAACACUACUGAAGGAGAUGUGCCCAGAGACCUUGUCAGGGGGUGUCUCUUCUGGCGUUCCAGUUGCCAACCACCUGUGUGAGACUGACAGCCCCGUGGGCCUGGUGCUAAGCCUGUCUCUGUGGCAAAGGGCAUUGCUGGUGCAAUUUCCAUUAAUUUAUUUUUUCUCCUGUUUGUUUAGCCUUAUCCAAUUUUUGCCUUUUUGACGUGGUGCCUAUUUAUCUCCCUUACAUGCUUGGGGCCCUUUCAAAAUAAGUAGUCUCAACUGCAGAUCCCUUUCACUCCAGCCUUGGAAUGAAAGACAUGGGUAGGAAAACAGCAGGCUGGCUCACUGGGGGAGUUCCAUAGAAGGCGCCCAUCAGGUUUGGCUUACUGGCCUUGGCAAGGUCUUCCCUUUUAGUCAGCUCCUGCUGUUGCUCCAGCUGCCAUGACUGUUUCCCCCUGCUAAGCCAAUCCACAUAUGCUGGUUCAUGGUUCCCGUCCCUGCGGAUUGGCCAAGGAAUGGAACUCCUUUUUGUUCAGAAGGGGAAGGCAAGCAGGACCCUCCAAAGGGGAAGGCAAGGCAGCCCCCCUCCCCAAAAGCCUGUUUUCUGAAAUGCAAAGCAAAUAGCAUUUGGGGCAGCAUGAAUCCUGUGUAAGCCUCCAAAAGGAAAAGGGAAAAAAGCAUUUCACCCUCUAUGAAUCAUUUAUAAAUCCAUUAUUCCCCAGUUAUGUGGGCCUGCCCUUCUUUCGUUCCUUCUUCCUUUUGUGUGUUUGCCUCUAGUUAGCAGUGAGAAGCUCACAGAAAGGGAUGCAAAGGGACUGUUGCUGGAGGAAAUGUAGCAUUGCUUCAUUUGGCCGGGGUCAGGAGAGGGAGGGAGGGAGUGGCAGCUCUGAUGUGGGGUAGGUGACGUUUCCCAUAUGUAGAGAAGCAGUUACUCACUUAGCAAUAAAAGUGUUCCCAAAUGUUUCCCCUGCAGCAUGAUGCGAGAGGUGGAAUUUGGCCAUGUGGAGUUCUUGUUCACCAGCGGCAUGGACUAAUUCCCCAUUCCCCUUCUCUCAGCCGAGUGUUCAUGCCUUAAUGACAGGCAAAAGGGAGAUGAACUCCACCAACAGAAUACGUUUGCAGUGGCUGGAUUGCAGCUCCCUGUAGUGUUUAGCCCAGGGUCCAACUGAGUAGGGUAGAGCUCUUGGCUGUGCAUGCAAAGACAGAUGUAACCUUUUAUCCCUUUAAAAGAGAUGAGAGAGAGAUAUAUCUGCCAAGAUAGAUAUAUAUUUGUAUAUAUAAAGUCUAUAAAUAUAUAUAUUUGAUUUAUUUGGGGCCAUUCCAUCUGAACGGGUGUACAAAUUUACAAUGUAAAUUUAAAUGCUUAUAAUUCUUCCAACACACACAAUUUAUGGUAAAUGUCUCCAAACUCCUUUUUGGUAGCAUUUUUGCAAGUCUGGAUGCUCUUGCUUUGCCACAGGCUGUGAUAAUGUGUAAUUCAUCACCCAAAACGGAAGAGGCAGGAAAACAGGUGCAAAUUCUUACUAAAAGGUGGUGGUGGGAGGGUGGUAUUCUAACUACUCUCCCCAGUUCUGGUCACUCGGUGUUUUUGCCGCUCCCACGGGAGCCACACACCCAGACCAAGCACUGAGCAGCCCCUUUCUUGGGGGCAUCUCCUGCUUUCUCCAUUCCUGCCCCAGCCUCUCCAUUCCCUCAACUUAUGGUGUCAUUAAAGUACAGUUAAUAACUUU